AUGCAGUAUCUGGGCAUCGCCUCGUUGCUACCGCUCGUGGGUGCUCUUAGUACCAGCGAUGCGCCUCGUGUGAAGCAGGUCGCAAUCAUAGGCGCUGGAGCAGGAGGCUCAUCAGCUGCAUAUCAUCUCGCCCAGUAUGCAGCCGAAGCCGGUAUUUCCACCAACAUCACCGUCUUCGAACGCAACGACUACGUCGGCGGCCGUACAACGACGGUGAACCCAUGGGGAGACAAGUCCAUCGCGGUAGAACUCGGCGGCUCAAUAUUCGUGCAAAUCAACCAAAUCAUGGUGAAAGCCAUGGAGGAGUUCAACCUCUCUACUGCAGGCAACGAUCUCGCAACAACAUUCGGCAUGCCAGAUCUGGGUAUCUGGAACGGACAGGAGUUUGUAAUAGUAACACAAGCGGGAGACUCAUGGUGGGAUAAAGCAAAGUUGCUCUGGCGAUACGGUACCGCGCCGUUGUGGACAAACCGAUUGAUGAAGAGUGCCGUGGGCAGGUUCCUAGGCAUGUACGAGGAACCCGUGUUCCCAUGGAAGAGCCUAAGCGAUGUAGUCGAGCAGGUGGGAUUACUAGAAGUCACAGGUGUAACAGGAGAGCAAUACCUCCAAGCCAACGGCAUCAACGAGAUCUUCUCUAGGGAGAUAAUCCAAGCCAGCACACGCGUCAACUACGCGUCGAACCUGGCCUACAUCCACGGCCUCGAAACAAUGGUCUGCAUGGCCACAAACGGCGCCAUGCAAAUCUCGGGUGGAAACUGGCAAAUCUUCGCUCACAUGCUCAAAGCCUCGCACGCAAACCUCCACCUCAACACCACGGUAUCGCAAAUCUCCCGCCAACAAAACGGCACCUACAGUCUAACUAGCAGAUCAACGAAAACAAACACCGAACAAACCACUCUCUUCGACGACAUCAUCCUCGCCGCACCCCUCCAAUACACAAACCUCGUCAUCUCCCCACCUCCAAAACACACCCCUGACGAAAUCCCCUACACGCACCUCUACACCACGCUCUUCGCCUCGCCGCACAAACUAAACCCGGCGGCGUUCAACCUACCCCCCACAAGCCCCGUACCCCAAUACGUACUCACCACACUACCCCCCUCUGAACCCCCCACCGACAACACCGCCGGCUCCCCCUCCUUCUACAGCAUCUCCCUCUCCUCAGCGGCCAUGAACCCCCGCUCCUCACCCCCGCGCUUCGAAUACGUUUACAAGAUCUUCUCGCCCGAGCGCGUGAACGCGACGUUCCUAUCGCAUAUCCUGGGGCAGCCUGUCGGCGAGAAAGAAGCAGAGGAAGGGGAGGUGGAUGGUGUGGUUAGUUGGAUUCAUCAUAAACUGUGGUAUUCGUAUCCGAGAGAGUACCCCAGAGUGUCGUUUGAGGAGGUUGUGCUGGAUGAGGGGUUGUGGUAUACGAGUGGGAUUGAGGGGUUUAUUAGUACCAUGGAGACAAGUGCGUUGAGUGGGAAGAAUGUGGCGAGGUUGGUUAGGGAUGGGUGGGUUGGUGGUGCUGGUGCUGAGGGACUGGUGGAAGAGGUUGUGCAGGAGGAGUUGUGA